AUGCGCAGCUACGAGGACGAGGGCAGCUGGAGCCUGUCCUUCUCAGGCGCCGGCUUCCUGGGGCUCUACCAUGUGGGCGUGACCCGCUGCCUCAGCGAGCGCGCCCCGCACCUCCUCCAGGGCGCCCGCCGCUUCUACGGCUCCUCGUCAGGGGCGCUCAACGCCGUCUGCCUCAUCGCGGGCAAGUCCGUCGAUUUCUGCUGCUCCCAUCUCCUGGGCAUGGUCAAGCAGGUGGAGCAGCUGAGCCUGGGCAUCUUCCACCCUGCCUUCGCACCCAUUGAGCACAUCAGGCAGCAGCUGCAGGACAGCCUGCCCUCCAACAUUCAUAUCCUGGCCUCCCAGAAGCUGGGCAUCUCACUGACCCGGUGGCCCGAUGGCCACAACGUCAUAGUCACCAACUUCACAACCCGCGAUGAAGUCAUCCAGGCUCUGGUCUGCACCCUAUACUUUCCUUUCUACUGUGGGACAAUUCCCCCCGAAUUCAGAGGGGAGCGCUAUAUUGACGGGGCUCUGAGCAACAACCUGCCCUUUGCGGACUCCUCCUCCACCAUCACUGUGUCCCCUUUCCACGGGACAGUGGACAUCUGCCCCCAGAGCACCUCGGCCAGCAUGCAUGAGCUGAAUGCCUUCAAUGCCAGUUUCCAGAUCUCCAAGAAGAACGUUUUCCUGGGGUUCGUCUGCCUCAUAGCCCCCAGCCCUGAGGUAGUAGCAGACAGCUGCAGACAAGGCUACCUGGACGCCCUCAAGUUUCUGGAGAGACGUGGACUUACCAAGGAACCAAUGCUUUGGAUGCUGGUGUCGAAGGAGCCCCCAGCCCCAGCCGAUGGGAACCAGGAUGCCGGCCAUGACAGAGGCCAGAAGGGGGGCCUGUCUCUCAACUGGGCGGUGCCCAAUGUGCUGGUCAAGGAUGUGCCUGACUUUGAGCGGCUCUCACCGGAGCUGGAGGCCGCACUGAAGAAAGCAUGUGUGCGGGACCCCAGCACCUGGGCGCGCUUCUGCCGGUCGGGCCUUGGGCGGGCACUGACCUACUUGUUGCUGCCCUACACACUACCCUUCGAGUACGUUUACUUCCGGAGCAGAAGGUUGGUGGCAUGGCUGCCUGAUCUGCCAGCUGACUUGUGGUGGAUGUGGGGUGUGCUGCAGGGCUUGGCCCUCGAGAUCUACUCCAGGUCAAAGGACCAGCUCCCCCGGCUGGUCAGCCUGCCCACUACCAGCCUGCUCCAGCCUGGGGCGUCUCUUCUUGUGGACCUGGCCAAGGAGCCCAGACCUCCCCAUCAGGCCUGA